AUGGACGAGCAACAAUUCGUCCAGCUGCUUGAGAGCCUGCUGCAGCCCGACACCGAGCGUGUCAAGUCUGCCACCUCAACCCUCAACAAAAACUACUACAACUCUCCCGCCUCCUUGAACGCCCUCCUUCAGAUCCUAUGUGGCCACCCCAAGUCUGAGCUCCGCCAAUUGGCUGCCGUAGAGGCCAGGAAACUUGUGACCAAGCACUGGGCUAAUCUGCCCGCGGACCAAAAGGCUUCCCUCCGUAACCAGCUGUUCCAGUUCACACUAAACGAGGAUGUCACCCUCACCAGACACUCGGCUGCUCGUGUGAUUGCUGCUAUCGCCGCACAGGACUUUGAGGAUGGCGAGUGGGGCGACCUGCCCGGAUACCUCCAGCAGGCUGCUACCAGCCCAACAGCCCGACAUCGCGAAGUUGGUACAUAUAUCAUCUGGACAACCCUUGAAUCAGUCGGUGACUCCUUCCCUGGCAAGUCGUCUGAUCUCUACAAGCUUUUCAGCACCACCAUCCAAGACCCCGAAAGCGUAGACGUCAGGAUCAACACCAUGCUUGGUUUGAGCCGCCUGGCUAUGCUUUUGGAACCCGAAGAGGACCCCAAGGCACUGGCUCUGUUCCAAGAGUCUGUUCCCGCCAUGGUAACUGUCUUGAAGGCUACUGUUGACGAGGGUGACGAGGACCGCGCCAUGCAGGCUUUCGAAGUCUUCCAGACUCUGCUUGGCUGCGAGUCUGCCCUGUUGGCAAAGCACUUUGGCGAUCUCGUCAAGUUCAUGCUUGAGCUUGCAUCCAGCACAAAUGUCGAGGACGACUACCGUUCCCAGGCCAUUGCAUUCCUCAUGCAAUGCGUUCGGUACAGGAAACUCAAGGUGCAGGCUCUAAGGAUUGGCGAGGAGCUCACCCUUAAGGCUCUGCACAUUGUCACCGAACUUGGUGACUUGUCCAGCGAAGAGGAGGAUGUCACUCCUGCCCGCUCCGCUCUCGGCCUCCUCGAUAUCCUCGCAUCUAGCCUGCCUCCCAGCCAGGUGGUCAUCCCUCUUCUCAAGAACCUUGGCAACUACUUCCAAUCGCAGAACCCUGACUACCGUCAAGCUGGUAUCCUGGCUUUGGGUAUGUGCGUGGAGGGUGCACCUGACUUCAUCGCUACUCAGCUCAACGAGAUCCUGCCCAUGGUCCUUCACCUGCUUGAAGACCCUGAGCUCAAGGUCCGCGCGGCUGCGCUCAACGGUGUUGCUCGCCUGGCUGAUGACCUCGCCGAGGAUGUUGGCAAAGAACACGCCCGCCUUAUUCCUGCCAUGUUGAAGAACUUCGAUCUUGCCGCAAGCAAUAUGCAGGGUGCGGAAGACGAGCGCAACCUAUCCAUCAUUCGUGGCAGCUGUAACGCCAUUGACUCUCUCAUCGAGGGUCUGGAGCCGGAGGAUGCUGGAAAGUACGUCCCAGAGCUUGUUCCUCGCUUCAGCAAGCUCUUCCACCACGAGGAUCUGCGCGUCAAGAGUGCUGCCAUCGGCGCUGUCGGCUCCAUCGCGUCCGCUUCUGAAAGGGCCUUCAUCCCCGUCUUUGCACAAAUCAUGCAAGAGUUGUCGCCCUACGUCAGGAUCAAGGACAGCCAAGACGAGCUUGACCUCCGCGGUGUCACGUGUGAUUCCAUGGGCAAGAUCGCCGCCGCCGUCGGUCCUGAACCGUUCGAGCCAUACGUCCUUCCUCUCAUGGAGGCUUCUGAGGAAGCACUGCACCUAGAUCAUCCCCGCCUCAGAGAAACCAGCUACAUUCUUUGGAGCACAAUGGCCAAGGUGUACGAAGAGCAAUUCGCUAAAUACCUACCUGGCGCCGUCAAGGGACUUCAAGACUGCCUUGAGCAAGAGGAGACUGGCCUUGACGUCGAGCUUGGCGAAGAGGCUGCUGAUCUUGUCGGAUCUGAAGUCACUAUUCAAGGCCGCAAGAUCAAGGUCGCGGCGGCAAGCGAUGAUGACGAUGAUGAUGACAGCGACUUGAACGAGGCUCUCAUGGCUGAAGACGACGAGGACUGGGACGAUCUUGAGGGUGUCAGCGCUGUUGCCAUGGAGAAGGAGAUUGCCGCGGAAGUGUUUGGCGACAUCAUCACCCACACACGCCGCGAAUACCUUCCCUUCAUGGAGGCAACCGUCACAAAGCUCCUGGAGCUGGUUGACCACUCCUACGAAGGCAUCCGCAAGGCUGCUCUCGGUUCUCUGUGGCGCACUUUCGCCUGCCUCUACGGCAUGUCUGAGACUGACGGUAUGGCGAAGUGGAAGCCUGGUCUUCCCCUCGCUGUCGAGAUACCAGAUGAGCUGAAGAAGCUUGGUAACCUCGUCAUGACUGCCACCAUGACCAUCUGGGAAGACGAGAUGGACCGGAGCACUGUCACUGACAUCAACCGGGAUGUUGCUGCCACACUCAAGCUUUGCGGUCCUGCAGUCUUGUUGACUGAAAACGGCACCGUAGUGCCUCAGCUAUGCCAGCAUCUCCUUGCUGUCAUCACCAAGCGUCAUCCCUGCCAGCAAGAUCUCGGCGACGAGGCUGAGGAGGAGAUUCUCGACGAGUCAUCAGAGUACGACUGGCUCGUCAUUGAGACGGCGCUUGAGGCCGUUACCUGCUUGUCCGUCGCCUUGGGCCCACAAUUUGCUGAGCUCUGGAAGAUGUUCGAGAAGCCAAUUGUCAAGUACGCCAGCAGCCAGGAAUCCACCGAGCGUAGUGCCGCGGUGGGUUCGAUUGCCGAAUGCAUUGGCAACAUGGGCGCUGGCUGCACUCAGUACACCAGCGGCCUCCUCAAGUUGCUUCUCCACCGUCUGUCAGACGAAGACGCAGAGACCAAGUCCAAUGCCGUCUACGGUAUCGGUCUUCUAUGUGAAAUGACAACCAAUGAUGACGAGAUCCUCAAGUCACUCUCGACCAUCUUCUCUAAGCUUGAGCCUCUGCUCGAGGCGCAAGACCAAGCACGUCUUCUUGACAAUACUGCUGGAUGCGUGAGCAGGUUCAUCAGCAAGCAUCCCGACAAGCUGCCCAUUGCCGAGGUGCUUCCCCGCUUAGUGAACUUGCUCCCUCUCCGCGAAGAUUUCGAGGAGAACAAGCCCGUGUUCGGCAUGAUUGUCAAGCUCUACCAGCACAAUGAGCCGACUGUGCAACAGCUCACCCCUUCACUGAUGCCUGUCUUCGAGAAGGUGCUUGGCCCACCUGAGGAGCAGCUGGAGGAUGAGACGCGCUCGCAGCUCAUGGAGCUCGUGCAGCAUCUGCGCAAGUAA